AUGAGUGUCGUGACCUUCAUUUAUGGCCAUAUUGCUAUGCCCUCGCAGCCGGGGCUGCCAAUGAAGAUACCAGAGCUGACGUUUGCUAGCAAAGCACAUCCCGACAGCAGUAUGAAGAAGCGCGCGAAAGGUGAAAAGCAGAAAAUUUCGGCCAUAAGGAUUACGCUUCAGCUCAAAUUUGACAAUGACACUUUGAAUGAAGUGCCUUGUUCGAAUGGAUGCAGUGUCUGGCUUACUCUUUAUAGUUCUAGUUGA